AUGCGCUUCUUCUCGACCGAAACGCAGGAACCACCAGCUACUCCAACCCCAAAAGCGGCCGCCUCAACGUCCCAGCUGCCACCUGACCACCCCCCCGUCCCCGAGGGCGCCACUUGUCCCGUGGACGAGUCGGCACGCGCGACCUGGCUACAGGUAUCUGAGGCCGAGGCCGCAUCGCACCCGCUCAAGGCGGCUUCAUCUUCACAGGCCAGGACUGGGCGGCUGAGCCACGAGCGCGAAGUGUCGUCUAUCCCCCGGGCGGCAUCGGCGACCUAUGCAUUCCCCGAGGAGCAGGCUGCCAAGCCUGUUGCUGGCGAGGAGACGGGUAACUGGGUGUAUCCGUCCGAACAGCAGUUCUUCAACGCCAUGAUGCGCAAGAAUCAUAAUCCAAAGGCGGGGGAUAUGCGGACUAUUGUGCCGAUUCACAACGCCGUCAAUGAGAAGGCUUGGGAGGAGGUGCUUAUGUGGGAGGCGGGUAAGGGCGGAGAUCGGUGUGGUGGCGCCCGGCUUAGUUCUUUUGUUGGGAGGCCGAAGGAGCGAUCACCGAAGGCUUGGGUCAAGACUAUGUUCGGCUACACCGCUCCCUUCGACCGCCACGACUGGAUCGUGGACCGGUGCGGCAAGCCGAUCCGCUACGUGAUCGACUUCUACACAGGCAAGCCCAACCCGGCGGCCCCCGACAUGCCGACGUUCUACCUCGACGUCCGCCCUGCUCUCGACGACUGGGAGCACGUCAAGACCCGCAUGUCGCGGUUGUUCCAGUAA